ACUGCUUUGUAAUUCAAAUCCAAAUAGAUUGUACCAUGCAGUGUAAGGUCACCUCUCCCCAAAGCUACACCGCAAGUAAACUCACAAAUCUGUUUAACUAUGACAUCAUCCAAAAUAAGAUAAAAUCUUGAGUUGACCCUCAUCUAUACGUAAGACCAGAGUUCCACGUUUGAAAUCAGUUUCAAGAUAUUCUAAUGUUUUAAUUAGCUGCGGACCAGGUUCACCACAAAAUGGCGUCGUUUGAUAAAAUUCUAUUCUUGAUUUUAACCAUCUUUGGCAUCACUUCCCAUGGAAUGCACACUGUGCCCGAACUAAACCCGGAGUCGUACGUUGGAAGGUGGUAUCAAGUUUACACAAAUGCUGUAUCUGACUUUUUCACCGGUGUUCAAGAACCAGACUGCGGAACUGCAGAUUACACCUUAAUCAAUUCGACAUACGUCACAGUUUACAACGCUAAUUAUCGUCUUGACGAGGAGUUUACGGACGGACUGGGUGGCUACGCCUACGUCCCAGACCCAUCCAUUCCAGGAGAGUUAAAAGUCGUACUUGAUGGCGUACCAGUAGCUGGAGAUUACUGGGUCUUCAAAUUAGGGCCGCUGAUCGAGGGUAAAUACCAAUAUAGUCUAGUCACGGACGGACAGGACGCGCGUCAACUUUACGUUCUAUCACGUGAUCCCGAGGAAUUCUACGAGCUUUACGAUCACGAGGUCUCAGAAUACGUGGCGCUGAAUGGGUUCACGGGACCGGUCAAGACACCUUAUGAAGUACCACAUCCUCCAGAGUGUCGCUAUCCUCCCAGCCCACCGGAAUAGGAUUUUGAACUCAAUACGAUAGUUUUCGCACCCAACGCAAAACAAAAUCAGGAACACAUUUAAUUAAAAAUGCCCGUCAAAUGACAAUGAACAGCUGGGAGGUCUUUGUCGAAAAUUGGUGAACCGGAACAACAGUUCGUCCUAAGUUUCGAAGCUGAUGAAAAAUUGUAAAUAUUUCGCCUGUCCAGAGUUCAGGACGAAACUGCUGUUUUGAUUUACUUAUUUUCGACAAUGACUUCUUUGGUUGCUCUUUGUCAUAAAAAGCAUUUGACAAUCCAUUUUUAUGUUCUUGGAAGCGUUUUGGGUUGCGGUUUGAAAACUCCCUCUCGUGUUCAGAAAGGGAGAGGUUGAUAUCUCAGUUUGUUUGUUUUAUUUUUAUUUCUGCGUUCAAAAUACACUAUCAAAAAUAUUUACAUUGUUUGUAACAUACAAAAUAAUCCAUAAUGUAUACAAUAUAAACAUAAUACAUAAUUAGAAAAAAAUGAUGUGGGCAUAUACUGUAUUUCACAUUUUAAUAAUAAAAAAAUAAUAUUAACAAAAUUUAAUGAACGCAGGAGACCGCCAUCGUGAGCGGUUAAGCUUGUAAUUGAUGGCGGCCUCAUUGACGUUGAACACAAUAUUUCGGGCGAAUGCACUGCUAUUAAAGUAAAGUGGAAUUAAUAGGUGCAGCAGUGUAUAAAAAAGUCAGUAAAUAUCAAUAAAGAAGAAGAAACGAGGUCAAUGCUCACCACUUAAGAGGCAAUUGAAAAAAGGGCCUUGAUGGGAGGGGCCAAAGCCCCUUCAGCCCCUUUUGAUACUGUCUUCUCUGAGUGGAUUUGCAAUAUCAUUCCUCAAAAUAUACAAAUCUUUUGGUCAUCAGCCUGUUCAGUUUCAUCCUUAUUCAUUUUUUAAUUGUUUAUAGGUUACAAGUUAAUGAUUUUUCUCUCUAUUUUCGUUUGGAGUAAGAAAAUAAAAACUCUCAGUCACACAUCCUGUGUGCAUGCUGGUGUGUAAAUGAUAAUUCAUUUUGAAACCCUUUAGGCCUUAUAACUUAUACUGGGAGCGAUCUGCAUAAAUAAAACUACAUGUACUUUAAAUCUCAAUAAAUGAAUUAAAACAACCCGAUCGAGCAUUGUUCAUGAGCUCCACAGACUAGUGCCCGCUUCAUCAUAUUCAUUCGGCUCGUGCAUUCGUCCAAAAUGACGAAUUGGCGUUUUGGACCAACAUAGGAAUUGAUACGACUUACAAGGCACAGAUGUAAAUUCGAAUAAUAUACACAUGUAUAACCAUACAGAACGACACUUGAGUUUAAUAUAUGUUUAUAUGAUUCGGUGAAAGAAAAUAAUGGCUAUAAUAUGAAAGCUACGAACAGUUUCAUAUAGCAAUUAUAAAGAAAUUAAGUUUAUAAUCCAAAACAAUACUAAUUACGAAGUUCAUCGAAUUGUAUCACCAAUCUUUGUGUAAUCUAAAGUUUCAUUUGGCCUUAAAUUAUCUUUACAUGCCACUUUAUCAAAGCUAUUAAAAAUAAAACCCUCAACGACUUAUUAUUUAACACUAGUUUCAUCGAUGUCAUAGAGGCUAUCCGUCCGCGACGUAGGGUUCAAGAACUUAACAAAAAUGUAUUGUCAAAAGUCUGUCAUGAAACAAAAACAACCAAGUCUUUUGCAAAAAUUAGUGAACCAAGACAGCAGUUUCGUCCUGGACUCUGCAAAAAAAGUCGUAUUUGUAAUUUUUGGUCAGCUCCAAAACUUAGGACGAAACUGCUGUUCCGGUUCACCAAUUUUCGGCAAAGACCUCCUCGGCUGUUCAUUGUUAUUUCACGGGCAUUUUCAAUACUUUUACGGCGUUCUUACCCUCCGUACGUUACGGAACGAAAUCUCUCAUACAGGGGGAGCGUACUACACUUUUUGUACAAUGUCUUGAACGUGACCAUCUAAUUGUGAUUUUUUUUUUCGGGGGGCUCACUAUUAUAGAGGUAAUAACAAGUAAAAUAACGAAUCGUAAGAUACAUCCAAAAGUAAGGGUAUGUUAUUAAAGGACAAAAGGACUAAAAGACAGUUCAAUAAAUUUAUCAUGACUAUA